AUGGAGAAGAAGCUCACUCUGGUUCAGACCAUUGCUACCGCAGGAGUGUUCUCCGCCAUUUCAUUCUGGUAUGGGUUCAUGUUUGGCAGAGAAUCAUCUCGCAAAGAGCUGUCUCACCUAAUCGAAGAUCUCCGUCGCGGAAACCCUCCCUCUUCCCCCAUUUCCUGA